GCUCCAAAAGCUUGACCGUUUUGCCGUGGGGAACGCCUGACGAAGGCGUGAAAAUUGGCUUUCUAAAUGCAGUCAGAUCGUCGAGAGUACAGUGAUGUUUCUCAGAAGUCUUCUUAGGGUUUGGAAUGCAAGUAAGCUCAGCCCUUUUGAAGAAAGUAUUUACAGACAUUCCGCGCAGUAUAUGACUUUCGGAGGUAGUAUUAGAUAUUACACCAUUGGACGAAAGGUGCCAGUGUUGACAAUGUUUACAAAAGAAGAGUGUUCACUAUGCGAUGACGCAAAAUUGAUUCUUGAAAACUCCAGGCAAAAGUUUGAGUAUGAAGAAGUUGAUAUAACAGCCAAAGGGAAUGAAGAAUGGUUCUACAAGUAUCGCUACGAUAUUCCAGUUUUUCACCUCAAUGGUAAAUUCCUCAUGCAACACAGGAUCAAUGAGACAUUAUUGCAUGCGGCUCUCAAGAAAUGUGAAGACACCUGAGUACAUUUUGCUGCUAUCAGGGCCGUAGCAGGGGUUGGGGCACUGGGGGGCAUGUCCCCACUAAAAAAAUAUAUUUAUAAGCUUAUAAGGAAAUGACUAAAAUGGGCGUGGCUGUGCCCCCACAAUAUUUUCUUUUAAAAAAAUACAAAUUAAACAUUAAAUGUUUCUGUAUUGUCCCCCCCCCCAAUCUAAAAAAAAAAAAAAAAUUAAGUGAUGAACAGGAAUAAAAACCUCUGAGAUGAUUUUCAUCCUUGCACAGUUUCAUGCACAUAGCCUUAAUAACAAAGAGUCUGAAUCUACAACAUGGAUUGACACUAUUGUUUUGUAUUCUUUUUUUUUUGUGCUAGAUGGGUCCUUGAGCCCAUAUACCUUAUAGCCCAGUUCCGUAUCACUUGCACAUGCCUACUGCAGCAAGUUGUACAGCCUAUCAUAACCAUCCCAAGAACUGAUUCGCCCAAAACUUAUACUAACAAAGAUUUAGGGCUCUUGGGACUAGAUUUUGUUGAAUAUAAUAUUGUUAUGAGAGUUGCAUUGGACCUUAAUCAAAUUAUUUGUGCAACAUCCUUUACUGUUGUUUAAAUGUUUUUUCCAUCACUUUUUUAGCUAUUCUUGUGUGUCACACAUAUCAGGGAUGGUAGAGAGCAUGUUUAUUUAAUGACUGUGCAUUUUACAUGUACCUAAAUAUGUAUCAAACGCUACAUGUCUAAAUUGAUUCCUUGGUAAAAGACAAUAAAUUAUACAUUUUUAAA